AUGGCGCGGGCCGCCGAGUCAGACACGCGAACCCAGCCGCUUUCCAAGUCGGAACUCCUCGCGGCUUGCCGCGGCUUCCAGACCGGACGGCGCUUGCAAAACCGAGGAUACGUUCAAGGCAAGCACCUGUCAUGUGGGGCAACUGGCGAGGUCUUCCUUGGCCGUGUUCCAGCAAGCUGCCCAGAAUAUGGGGCCCUUUCCAUCGACAGCUCGCAGGUUGCGUUGAAGCAUAUGCGUGCCAUCAACGCGGCCAUCCAGCGUCAGAUACAGCAAGAGAUCUCGGUGGUAUUCCACUGUCGAGCGAAGUAUGCUGAGGAGGUUGGGGAUCCCGUGUCUCCGGGGCAUCCAUGUCUCGUUGCUUAUUUGGAUUGGUUUGCAGGACCGACGGGCCUGGACAGAGAAGUCUACUUGGUUAUGGAACUGUGCUCCUUCAGUUUGGCUGACAUGAUCUUUGCAGCAGGCAAUCUCCGAGCGGACUUUGACAAAAGCUUGGCAGCACAGCGACGUGCUUACAGCAAUGGCGCAGCAGCAGACGGUUGCGUAAAGAUCCUCUCCGAGCCCGGCCGCUUCCGCUUCCCAGAGUCGGAAGUGCUUCAGGUGCUGCGAAACCUACUGUCUGCCCUGACCUUCCUGCACCGUCAUGGUGUUGCCCACAGGGAUGUCAAGAGCGAGAACAUCUUGUGGGCCCAAGGUUGCUACAAGUUGGCAGAUUUUGGUACAGCGGUGCUGCUGGACGAUGCGGCCAAACGUCGAGAUGAGACCGGCACACUCUGGAUCAUGGCCCCGGAACUCUUGGGCCGACGUCCCUACGGGCUGAACUGCGACAUUUGGUCCUUGGGAGUGGUCCUUUUCGAGGUUGCAACCCUGGGCAAGCCCUUCAACUCCAAGGAACUGCUGGCGUAUCGAAACUCGCCGGAGGCUUUGGCCCCGAAGAGUUUCUGGUCCUUUCUACUUGGAGGGCAAGGAGUUAGCACCUCGACAUCUUCACCUUCACGGGCCUGCAAGGUGCCUUCCUUGCCAGCACAUAAGUCUUCCAGAGACGUGACGAGGACAACUUCCAACCAUUCCCGUGCUCCGCAGCGAAAGGACAAGCGCAGUGUGACCCUUCCUCCUCUGUCUCGCCAUCAAGAGGUGUGCCAAGCAGAGGAGUGUUCUGCCGAAUCCCUGACAUGGUUUAUCUGCCGCGGCAGGCAUCGUGAGGAACAGGUCGAACAAGUGCUGUUCUGUGCCAGGACAUUUUGCAGGAACGUCGGUUGGCAUUCCUGA